CGCUUACUGGAAGUAAAACCCUUUCAAUUUGCUGUUUUCCCCAAAAAGGAUUCAGCUAACCAAUCAACGAUACUCUUAGAUGGAAUCAUAAUUCCCAGAAAAUACUCCGCCUUAGUAGUUCGAGAAAAAGCGUGAAUUCGCGUUAUCAUCGAUAGUUGCCGAGAACUACGUAAACGCCUUCCGCGAGCCAUACAAAACGGCCGAAAUAUUUGCGUUUCCUUGUGUUUUUCAUCAUAACAUUUGCUAUUGGCGGGUUCGAAGUCAAGCCACAAACCUGAUUUUCCAGAGGGACACAAUCAGAGAUCAACAUGUCGUUCGCAGGACUGAAAAAGCAGUUCAAUAAGGCCAACCAGUAUAUGAGUGAGAGGAUCGGGGGGGCCGAAAAGACAAAACUGGAUGAAGACUUUAUCGAAAUGGAACGGAAAAUUGACGUGACUGGUCACACAGUGGAUGAUUUGGUGAACAAGACGAUAGAAUACCUUCAGCCCAAUCCAGUCUCCAGAGCCAUGAGUAAAGUCCGUGGUCAGAACAAAGGAGGAACCAAGCCUCAACAACCCGUAGGAUUCCUGGGAGAAGUCAUGCUGAAGAACGGCAGAGAAUUAGGAGAAGAUUCAAUGUUUGGUACGGCGAUGGUCGAGAUGGGAGAAUCACUGAGGCAACUUUCUGAAGUCAAGGACGCCUUCGAUUUGAACGUCAGACAGAACUUCCUGGAUCCCCUGGAUCAUCUCAAGAACAAAGAUCUGAAAGAGAUCAACCACCAUCGGAAGAAGUUACAGGGGCGACGUCUUGACUUUGACUACAAAAAGAAGAAGCAAGCAAAAGCAGGUGGAAGCACAAUUCCUGAAGAAGAAAUCCAGUUUGCAGAAGAGAAGUUUCACGAAUCUCAGGAGCUUGCUGAGAACGGGAUGAGGAACCUCCUUGAGAGUGAUGUUGAGCAGGUGUUACAGCUUCAAGCGUUAGCCGAGGCACAGCUAGAAUACCACAAACAGUCUGCGGAGGUCUUGGAAAGCCUUCUGUCAACACUCAAUGAAAGGGUUGAGGAGGCAGGCAGUCGACCCAAAUCAGAACGCAAACCCAGAAGUACUUUCAACUCUUACUCCACGAAGAGAGACUCCAGUGACGGAGACGACACCGACGCGUACCCGUCAACGGUGGAUUACAACGCACCAGUACCAGUAACGGCAACGAAGGAACGCUGCAAGGCACUGUACGACUUUGAGGCAGAAAACGAGGGCGAACUGGGGUUUCAGGAGGGCGACAUCAUCAGCAUCGUCAGUAAGAUCGACGAGAAUUGGAUCGAUGGAGAGUUAAACGGUCACACGGGAUACUUCCCGGCUAACUACGUGGAAAUUAUCUAACCGGUUUAAUCAUGGUAGGUGGUAGCGUUACUUAUAGUGUUGCAGUUUGUACUUUGUCAUCGUGUGGUUGAGUAUGAGCGUGAGUUCUUUGCGAUGAGUACACGUACAAGUACUUUGUCAUCCUGAGUUUGAGUACGAGUACGUUGCCAUGGGCACAAGGACACAUUGAAGUACUUUGUCAUCAUGAAUUCAAAUACAAAUACGAGUACUUUGCCUUGAGUACUAGUACGAGUACGCAUAUUCUGGCAUGACAAGUAUGAGUAUGAGUACUUUGUCUGAGUAUGAGUCAUUUCUAUCAGUAUGAGUACUACAAUACUGGUUACUCACAAUGGAACUCUGUGUACAGUGAACAGAUACAUUGAAUAGCGCCCUCUGGAGAGUGGUCCUAUGUAUAUCAGCAUAAUGUCAAUUGUGUAUUUUUUUUUUUUUUUUUUAAUUCCAUCAUAUUAAGCUAUGUAUUUCCAUAGACGAGAUCUCUUAAUUGUUAGUUCUUUUGUAAGCCUUGGCAGUCUGGUGUUUUCUUUCUUGAAACAACUAAGAAUAUGUCUUCCCUUUGAUUAUACCAAAUGAGAAAUUACCGGUCUGUUGGUGUUUAAAAGGAGGCAUUAUACAACUUAGAACUCUUGAAAAGUUCCCCAGAUUCAGUGAAUUCCCAAUGAUGAGGCUACGGCUAGAAAGUACAGUAGUCUAUGGGAAGUGACCUCAGCCGCUUUCCAUAGACGUGGCUACGGCUAGG